UACACAUGCCAUUUUUGGACUAGACAACUUCCGAUUCAAUGACGACUGCUGUUACGCUAACUAUCAAAAUAGGGAACUUGACGGAGGAAAUCUAACUAUUGGUGCACUGAAAAUCCCCAUAAAUGCUGCGAUAGUAUAUCAGGGUUCAGUGUGUGCGUCAGGUGUGGAUGGAGUCAGUAACAUCAGUGCACCCAGCAUAGUUAUCACAGACAGGACAAUCCGAAGAAGUCCGUGUUCAGACCAACAGCCUGCCCAUCGGCAGGCAGGGGGAGAAUGGUCAAGUACUUCUCUAACGAUGUAGACAUCAGGACCACGUGGGACCAUGUUGUCUCUGCCUUCUGGCAGAGGUAUCCCAACCCAUUCAGCACCCAUGUUCUCACGGAGGACGUGGUUCUCCGUGAGGUGACGGCGGACCAGCGGCUUCUCUCCAGACGCCUGCUCACCAAGACCAAUCGAAUGCCUCGCUGGGCCGAGUUCCUCUUCCCCUCCAACCUAUCACGCUCCGUCUACAUCGUAGAGGACUCCGUCGUCGACCCAGUCACCAAGAGCCUCACCACGUACACCUGGAACCUCAAUCACACUACGUUAAUGACUGUGGAGGAGCGCUGCGUGUUCCAGGAGUCAGAGGACCGGCCUGCCUUCACACUGCUCAGACGAGAGGCCUGGAUCUCUUCUGGAGUCUACGGCUUCUCCAGACCUAUCCAGGAGUUUGGCUUGGCCCGCUUCAAGAGCAACCAGGUGAAGGCCAUGAAGGGCCUGGAGUAUGCUCUGUCUAACUUACACGGAGAGGCACCCCAGCGCCAGCCCUGCGUCCGGGACACAGUGAAGACUGCUACAGAGAAAGCCAAGACCCUGGCCUCGGCUGCCGCCCCGCUGAAACAGCCCCAGCAGUACGUGUGACAACAGGGGAACAUCCACUGCCACCGGGUGGAACGGGACACAUUCACAUGCAACACACAGGCUGGCCAAAUCUGAUCUUUUUAAGAGCUCAUCUGAUUGGUCAAAAGACCAAUUUGUAAGGAAAAAGAAAUCAGAAUUGAGCUGUGCAUGCACACACUCUUUUAGCUGCCUUUUCAUUGACUGGAAGCUUGCUUGUAAUCAAGGUCUCUGUGUACAGUAUGUGUACAGUAUGUCCAUCUAAACCACUAACAGCUCUGCUCCACUGGGGUUAGGCUCUGCUCCUCUGGGGUUAGGCUCUGCUCCACUGGGGUUAGGCUCUGCUCCUCUGGGGUUAGGCUCUGCUCCACUGGGGUUAGGCUCUGCUCCACUGGGGUUAGGCUCUGCUCCUCUGGGGUUAGGCUCUGCUCCUCUGGGGUUAGGCUCUGCUCCUCUGGGGUUAGGCUCUGCU